AUGGACUCCUCUUGCGACGGCAGCAGCGGAGACGACAGCGAGGUCGGUCGACACGAGGCAGCAGCGGAUUCUAGUUGUGAGGAGGACGAAGAAGCGGUGGUGACGCUCUCCGUGAAAGAGCUUGAGUUGUGGAGGCAAAUAGUUAUUUUGCAGGUUGAAGGCCAUUUUACGAGUAGGUUGGACGAACAAUUGAAGAGGAUUGCAGAAUUUGGACGUGUGCAUGGGACCGUAGUGCGAGAAGCCACGCAGUACGUACACAACAUGGAGGUGCAGUUGAAGCAACAGCUCGAAGCAGACUGUGCGGGGGUGCGUGCACAGGCCGAGGAGUUCGAGGCGAAAGCGAGGGCGGAUAACAAAGCGCUCAAGCGCCGGGUAAAGGAGUUGGAGGUGCAGGCCAAUGAGCUGAAAGCGAAGAAGGCGCAGAAAAACUAG